UGUUAUUCUCUGAUUACGUUAUCUCAUCACUGCACACAACUGAAACUCACUCGCCGGAGCUUCAAAAAUCAACCUCACCAAUGGACGUUCUUCUUCCCUGCACUUCCUUCCGUUCUGUAAAUUUGAAGCCAAAUUCCUUCCGAAGAUUCGUCUCGACAAAUCGAAACGGUCGAUUCUCUGACAUCUUGAAAUGUCGCCGAAAAACGACGUCAUCUGAGCUUCAGGCAGCUGUCGGCGUCGCAGUCCAGACCGACAGCGGUUCUCCUUCGAUUCCCACUCAUAAGGUCACCGUUCACGAUAGAGAGAGAGGCGUUGUUCAUGAGUUCGUUGUUCCUGAGGAUCAGUACAUAUUACACACUGCCGAAGCUCAGAGCAUAUCUCUUCCUUUUGCUUGCAGGCACGGCUGUUGCACUAGUUGUGCUGUUCGAAUAAAAUCAGGCCAAAUUAGACAGCCAGAAGCCCUUGGAAUAUCUGCUGAGUUGAAAUCAAAGGGAUAUGCACUUCUUUGCGUAGGUUUCCCAACCUCAGAUGUUGAAGUAGAAACACAAGAUGAGGAUGAGGUAUAUUGGCUUCAAUUUGGAAGAUACUUCGCUCGGGGGCCAAUUGAGAGAGAUGACUAUGCUCUAGAGUUGGCCAUGGCUGAUGAAUAAACUAAACUAUUGAUCCUGGAGGAUCCAUGGACAGAGACAUGAAUGUCAAUGUCAGGCUGAAGAGCUUCAAGAUAAAGAGGGAAAAUCAAAGGGAAAUCAGAUUCCCAUUUGAACAAACUCUUUGCUAUUCAAUAAUUCAGGUCCCCCACUGCUUACCCAACUGGUUAUAAUGUUACAUCUUCAAAUCUGUGGUUGCUAUUGCAAGAUAACCUUGUUUUGUCUCCACUUUUGCCUCCUUCACAUGUAUGAUUAUGAUCUUUUGUAUGUGAACGAUGAUGACUUGUAGCAUACUGUUCCGUUCUAAUCAAAAUAUAUUGUUGUAUGUUACCAUAUCAAA